AUGGAGAGCGAGCAAAUACAGAGAGAGGCAGAGAAAAGGUUGCGACAGAAAGGAUCCAACGCACUGGGAAAGCUGUUGCUGCAGGAGCCACGUUGUUGUUAUCCAUCACGUCUGUCCUUCCAGGAGAAGUCGUGUCUACACGAUCAUUGUGCAACAUAUGAGCAGACUUGUCGAACCCAAAUCUUAGUGCAACAGGCAGACCGAUUUUUACCGCGGGUGGACACGUAUACACAUUUUUUUUAGCCGAAGGUCCUCCGGAGAAACAACAGUCGAGGGUCGGAACCAGGAGGUCAGAGAGCCGGUGAAGUGCCAAAGGAUAAUCCAGGUCGCAAUCAGGUCACAGUUCAGGGUUCGGUACACGGUCGGGCAAGGAACAGGCAGAUACUCAGCAGUUACCAUGGAAACAGUUUUGCUCUUCCUCUCUUCACUCCUGUUGUGUGUAGCUGCUAAAGCAGACAUCAGUGAAAAAGAGGAGAGUCCAGUAGAUGAAAAUCCAUUUAUUUAUGACUAUGAGAGUUUGAGAAUUGGGGGACUGGCAUUUGCUGUGGUGCUGUUUAUGCUGGGCAUCCUUCUAAUCCUCAGUCGGCGAUGCCGCUGUGGUGGAAAACAGAAGCCCAGAGCCCCCGGAGUCGAGGAAGCUCAAGAGGAAAACGUUGUUGUCUCCAAGGAUGCAGCGACAGCCAAAGAGACUCCAGCAGAGAACUGACGUAACAGGAACACCCAGCGAAAGAAAAAACAACGAUAAUAAUAAAGGAUUUGUGGAUUAUUCUUAUUAGUUGCAAGGGAGGGUCAGGACAGGGUGUAUAUGUUUAAAAAUGUAACAUGUAAAUAGAUCUUUUGCCAAAUGUUCAUUUUUUGUGAGUAGUCCUUCAGUGCUCUUGUCGACUGCUGUGCCUUUUCUGUGACUGUCUCUCACUGCAGUUUGUUGUGGCAUCUUUGGCACAAGUUUGUCUUAUAAGUCCUGGAGACAUUUUUCAGUGUUGUGCGUUUUGCUGUUUUGUCGUUCUUCUGUUGAUUGACUUUAGGUUAUAGGAUUUGUGGAUCUGUAUCUUGUUCUGUUAGCCAUCCUGAGAAAAUUACCUGCUUAAAUAUGGUAUUUAAAUACACAUACUCUACAUAUGACAUAUUAUGUCAAAAAUCUUAGGUUUAUGUUUGUGAUUGAAUGGUUAGGCCUGUUUGGGUGCACAUGUUUACAGGGCUGGAUUUAGGAGGAUGCGGGCCACAGGGCUAGGGCCAGCUUCAGGUUUCUUUCAGACCUCUAAAAAGCUCCUCGUCAAUUUCCUAAAAAUGUGGGAUGUUAAAAUUACUGGUUUGUACUGAAUCAGAAACACAGGCAUGGCCAUUAGUGAAAGAUUGGUUGUCUGUUAUUGGCCACUGGCAUUAUUUUGCCAGUGGUGAGUUUGUGCUUGGGAAGAGAACUGGAGUGUGCCCAAAAAUAAACAUUGUUUUUAAACUGAAGGUUAAAACUUAAGUUAACAAGCCAAUUAGUCCAAGUCAGUUUAAAUCACAUUCGUGAGAAAUUAUUUCUGCAACUUAUGUUAUUUUAUUUUUUGUAUGUGGCUUGAAUACAAAGUGAAUGUUUGCUUUUUUUAUAUUUUGCAUUUGUUUCAUUUUAUAAUUCACACACACUGACUGAUCGAGAGAGGCAGGAAUACUGUUUUGCUGUUAUAACUGUCAUCAUUUUAACCUUUAAGCUUGGUUUUGAUUGGGGAACGUCGCUACUUUUGUAUUGUCCUAUUUAUGAGCAGUUAUAAAGAGACGUCAGUAUCAUUUUCCAAUGUUUAAUCUCUAUAAUAAUUAUUAUAUUGCAAAUCAUAACAUCCUUACUCAUCCUAAUUUAUUAUAUUGCAUGAUAUUAAAUAUUAUUGUAUCUGAUUUAGCCAAAUGAAGACAUAGUGAAUCGUGUUGAAUCGUAAUUAAGAGGAGACUGAAAAAGUACUGAACGUUUUUUUGUUGCUGUCCCUUUGAUUUAAUAGAUUGUUUGUAGUAUUUCGAGAUACGUAUCAUAUCAGCAGCAAAGCAGAGAACUCCAACGAUACAAAAGACGUGUUAAUCCAUACAAAAUAUGACCCAAAAUGCCAUUAUAGUUAUGCCAGGCCUGUAUGCGUUGAUGUGACGUAGUCACUGAGAUAGCGUAAAAACAUCAGAGGUGUGGAGCAGUGCGUUUGACGCUUCCUGUUUUUAUUUAUGUUAUGCUUGGGGUUAAUUGUUACGUUUAUUUUCACUAAAUCACCUUUUUCAAGUUGUUGCCUACCGGUUAUGAUAAAAAUCCAGCAAAUGCCUUACAGUUAUAUUGACUAAGGGAACACAUAUAAUCCAGUGUUAGCUUCCCCAGGCUACCGCCCUGGUCCCCCUUUUCCAAAGUCAGGCCCUGUAUGUUUAUUGUUAGUGUGCAUAGUUGUGAAUACAUGACACGUGCUUUGCUUGUGUAUCUCUACGUGUAGAAGUGACGAGCCUUAUACGAGACAAUCUCAACUGCCACAGCUCUCUUGACGUGAUUUGCAGGUAUCUACACGGGCUCCUCCACUGUAGUGUGUUUUUUUUUUUUUUUUUUUUUUUUUUUACUACCCAAAGUGGAGAGAGCUCACACAUCAGCUGUGUCACUGCCUUUCUUCUCCACAUAUCUACUGCACUGCUGCGUCACUGGCUCCGCCAGGAUUAACCAGUCUCCAGCAGGCUGUGAUUAGCUUCCCCUACACUCACGGUCGCUAGUGCUGCAAGCUCUUUGAAGCAGGGGAAGCUUUCUUUUCCCUCUGUAAUUUUGGUUUGCUCUGUCAUGGUUUUACCAUACAUUCUCUGAAUGACAAUAAGAGAGUGGGUGUUCUGUUUGAGAGGGUUUACCUAAAAGCUAUCUUAUAUAUGUGCCAGUCUAUAUUAAAAGUAGCUUAAUGUAAGCUAUGUAAAAGAGUGGGAACAGACUGCUGUACAACUAAUGCCGUGUUAAUUUUCUGCAUAAAACCUUGUUGUGUAGCAACCUGUUGUGUUUUUGGCAUAAAUUAAUAAAAGUGUGUUCAAACACA